AAGCUUCCACAAUCGCCUUUCUCCGGCGUCAGAUAUAGGCACUUCCCACGGCACAUUCGAGAGUUAGGCCCCAUAUAGGCGUCCGUGGGAAAAUCCAUUUCACACUUCGACACUCGCUGCCCACUCGACCACGGCUCUCAGGGGCUUCAACUCGACACAGGCCGGGGCGUAUACUGCUUCCCAGCGCGUAACUUUCACUCUACGAGCGAGGCAUUCGUGCACGUUUGAGGUACCAUGGAGCUGCAAGAUAUUCCGGCCAACUACGGUGUAGUAAAGCACGAGCCGAGGCAUUAUGCAGACUACCUGAUACCCCCUGCCAUGACGAUGGGCAUGCCCGACAUCGCUCCUCCGCGACAACAACAACAACAACAACAACAACAACAACAACAACAACAGCUACACGACAACACCACCAUCAAGAGUCAGAUUACCUCCGGCACCCUCGAGGCGCCAUUAGCAGGUCCUGAUGAGUUUGUGGAGGGAGGGGAGCUCACAACAGAGGAUUCUUCAGCGCUAGACAGCCGGCGGCCCUCGGCGUCACGGCGACGCGACAGGCAUGGUGCUGAGCUGGCGGCUUUCCAGAAGGAUCGAUUUCCUCCUCCAACAAAGGACAAUCGGUAUCCGGAUUUCUUGGAGCAGUUGUUAGAUGAGUUUGAAGCUGCACAGCAGAAUGUGGGCAGGGGGAUAAAGGUGCAGUUUUCGAGAGAAAGUGUGAAGGAGGCGCGAGUCAAGAUUGCUGGCUGCGUUCCAGCCUCAAAGGGAUGGCGAAUAUGGUUGAAAGAGCCAUUGUUCAAUCGGUUCCGGGACAUCAAGCAAUCCUGUACCCCACCAGACACCACGCAUUCAGAAUUUGUCGAGCUCCUGCUUGAUUUGCACGACGCCUAUGAAGCAAAGAACUGGCACAAGAUCCACCAUACGCUGAGUGAAACUGCAGACGGUUCACGAGGAAUGCCUGAGAGUCUGGUGGAGGCGAUGAUGGCGAAAUCCUCGAGGGAGAGCCUGUCGAUGAACAAUCCUUUGGCCCACAUGGGAGGCAGGCCGAUACAUCCACAUUCACAUCCACAUCCACAUUCAUAUACCCAACAGCCGUUGAUGGGCAGUUUCGACCCGAACGUUGUUCCGUCAGCUGGUCUGGCCUUCAUGCACCCGAACGGAUCGGCCGCGAUGCAUCCCAUGAAUGGAAUGCCUCCCAUCAACACGUUCCCGGCACUCUCCGCAGAUUGGCUGGCAGGAAGCCCACCUGCCGUAAUGUCGAUGCCGAUGGGUCAGCUGGUGAUGGACCCGAACCUCGCAGUGGGCGUUAUGCCAUCCCAUCACUCGAUAGACGGGCAGUCACCACUUUUUGACGAACUGGGGUUGGCGCCUCUGCAGGGAACACGGGGCGAGGUCAGGCGAUCGUCGUCAACCCCAGGGCACUCGAGACAGAGGGGGAUACCGCGGACACCUCAACUCACGGAGACGCUCACGCGGACCAAGAGCAUCCCGAACAAAAAGACUCGAGAUGGCUCAGGAGGAAGCGCCCAGCGCCGGCCCUCGCAGCGAUCAGUGAGCGGCUCACUAAGUCGGGAGGAGGUCUCUGCAUUGACGGCGAGUUUCAUAGGACAUCGGCGAACGGGAAGUACGCUCAGUACAAGCUCCAUCCUGUCCCGAUCGUCCACGAGUGCCGCCAGCGGUGUGUUUUAUCAAGGCGACUCGCCCGUCAUGCAGGGUAUACCCCCGGACAUAGCGCACUGGCCCGAGUCGGAUAUGGUCAUGCAAGGUUUUGAGGGGAUCACGUUGGGCGAAGCGGCGGCCGCCAACGCGUUUUUGGAACAUCAGCAGCAACAGCAUUUGGGUCUCGCCAACGGUGGCGGUGCGUUCCCGCAGUCGCCAGCAGGUUUGGUGAACUACUCACCGUCGCAUUCGAGUUUGGACCGGAACGCGGCGUCCCCGCUCGCCAUGCGGUUGGAAGGGAAGUCUGGUAUGAUGCAGGGCAACCCGUCCAAUAUCCAGGGUGGAGCGAUGCAGUCCGAGAUGAUGAUGAUGGACUCGAACUCGAUGCCGCUCGAGGCGCCAAGCCAGAUCCUAGGAUCGAAUAUGUCGGGCAGCCACAGGGUCGAGAGCAUGUACAACGCGAUGAUGAGUUCGCUGGAGCAGCAGCAGAUGCUGGACAUGCAGCGGCAACAGCAACAGCAACAACAACAACAACAGAGCAUGGUCGGGUCCCACGGGUACGAUCCCAGCUACGGGACCUACGACCAGCAGCAACCGUCCCCGAGUUACAUGCAGCAGCAGGUCGGCCACUCCCCCGUCGCGAUGAACAUGCCCAUGCAGCAGUCGAUGUCGAUAAGUCAACAGCUCAAACAGCUGCACGCAACGCAGCAGCAACAAGGACGGCUCGAUCUGAAUUCUCCUACCCGACACCCGAACCCGAUGCACCUGCAUCAGUCCUCCCAGUCGCCGCAGAUGCAGAACUUUGCGAUGCAACCGAGCCCCGGGACCCUGACAUUCGAGCAACACGUACAGCAAAGCAUGGCCGGCGGGUCGAUGUUGGCGCAGGCGGCGAUGAUGCAGCAGCAGCAGCAGCAGGCGAACCAGAUACGCGGGCACUCUGAGGGUGUGCUCAAUGGGAACGCGUACAACGCGCUUGCCGAGUCGGUGAGCGAGCGGAACGGGCAAACGAUGCAGUUACCUAACACCUCUGAAGCGCUGUUGACGGAUGACCCGAUGAUACAGCAGCUUACGUCGCUUGGGUCGCCUUAUGCUCAAUCGCCGAUAUCUGCCCAAUUGCAUCAACAACCAACACAACCGCAAUCCCAACCCCAUCAACAACCACCGCAGCCCCAACAACAACAAACGCAAUCCCAACCAACCUCAUCAACAGAACAAAAACGCCUCUCGGGCUCCGGCAAAAAACGCCUCUCCAAAAUAAUGGGCAAGCUCCCCUUCAUGCGCUCCAACAGCGGUACCUCGGCCCAAUCCCUCGGGUCCUCCACCACAACAAGUCCCUCGGAAUCCACGAAUGGUCAACCACCCUCCUUAGCGUUCCUACCCCCGCCGGGAGCCGCGGAUAACGCGAGCGGUGUGUUGGUGUUUGGAGGGGAGGCAGGGGCAGGGAGUGCCACACCGACGAACGAUGCCUCGCCGGUGAUGAGGGGGGAUAGAACCGCCGCUGCGGUGCAUAUGCGGUAUGCGCCCUGAACUCGCCCCGCCUGCGACAAAAAACUGUCCGACGACCUCGACGUGUGUACAUAAAACGAGAUAGAUGAUCAGCAUCCCCCCACAUCCCAUCCAUCCCGCCCCGGACUUCUCCCCACUGCAAGUUUCCUUUUUCACCGCUUUCCCCUGGUUUACCUUUU